AGCCCAUAUGUUUAGGCAGAAGAUUCGAUCAUCCCAAAUCUUUUGUUAAUUUGCGUCUGACUCUCACCAAGUUAAAUUCAUCCUCCACAUAAUAUUUUCCCACAAUAGAAAAAAAAAAUCUCUCUUUUUUUAUUUUCUUAUUUCUCAAACCCUAAUUCUCUCUCUCCCCCUCAUCUCUUUUGUCUCCCCCGAUAAGAAGAUCUCCGUCUUUUGUGUGUAAUGCGAGAUUAAAGAAGGGAUAAUAAAGUGCAGAAAGACAAUGAGUUUAGGGGUUUCCGUGUCGUUGAGGGUGUUAGCCACUGGAGCUGCCGCUGCUGCGGCAUGGCUCACGAUGACAAACCAUGAGAUCGCCUCUCUCUAUGGCUUCUCCUUUGCUGCUAAAUACUCUUACUCUCCCUCCUUCAAGUAUUUUGCGUAUGCGAACAUAGCGAUUGCAGCUGCGACUCUGGUUUCGCUUAUUUGCGCGUGUAGCUCACGCAAAGCAGGAGGAGGCUUUGCCCUCUUUCUCUAUGAUUUGUGUGUGACUGUGGUGGCGAUAACGGCGUUCUCGGCGGCCACGGCGGAAGGAUACAUCGGAAAGUACGGAAACUCACACACCGGUUGGAUUCCGAUAUGCGGAUAUGUCGGGAAUUACUGCCGACGUGUCACUAUCUCAUUGGCGUUGUCCCUCGUCGCGUCUGUUCUCUUGCUCCUCCUCACCAUUUUAUCUGCUUCUGCAUCUCGACAUGUCUGAAUUCUUAAUUAAGACCUCCCGGUCGAAUUUCACAUUAUGAUAUGAAAUGCUUAUUUUAAAAGCUAACUAUUGUUUUUGUUAUUUGUUUUUCUCUUCUUUACAUUGGCUUUGUCUGAUGAAAAACAAAUAUGCACCGAGACCCAACUUAGUUCAACCGGUGAAAUGGAGGCGUAAAACGUCUAUCCCAUAUCGAACCUCAAGUUGGGGAAGGAAACGUAAUUUCAAUCA